UCUUGUUUAUAAAGAAGCCUUGGAAAAUUUUUUUUGUGGAUGUAAGCGAAAUAUAAAAUGAAUGUUUUUAUUUGCCAAAAUAUCCAAAACAGGGUGGAUUACAUUAACAACGAACGAAUCGGCAAAGACUAAACGCAGAAAAGACAUUUUUGAACAACUUCUAAAUUAAACUGAACAAUAACUAAGCUGACAACAAUAAAGUGCCGAAAAAGUGUUAUCAACAGUCAUAUAAAAAAAAAAAAAAAAUAAAAAGAGAACGGAAGAGAACACCAAAGAAAUAAACAAAGAAAGCAAAAAUCGUAAAUCUCGCUCAGUCAUCUCUUUUUGUUAAAGGAAGACUGUCAAAAACUUGUCAAACCGGAGCACAACUUAUAGUAAUGAAAAACAAAGAAAAAUAAAAAACUUCUCAACAAUACUAUGAAUGUUUCAGACCACACACAGAAUUGACUUUAAACGAAACGAUUCAAAAAUGAAAAAUAUCCUUUUCUUCACUAAGUCGAUAUAAGGUAAGCAUAGCACGUAUGACAUUUGCUAAACGCUGUAGUUCUAACAAGGUACGCUACAUACUGAUAAUCAGCGAAUGGGGAGACGGCAGUGCGUAUUUCCGAUUGAUACGAUAAGUCCUGUGUGAGCAGGGUAAUAAUAACGGCAGCAAGAUUGAAAAAAAAUAAACCGUGAUGCUAAAACAUAUACAUACAGAUUAAAUAUAAAAGCACGCAGUUUUCCAUGUCUCUAAUGCAGAAAAAUCAAGUUGAAAAACAUUCUAUUCAGCUACAGCACAAAAAGCAUCACAACGUCUGCCAAAAGAAAAGUCAUUCAUAUACAUUAUUGUUAAAAGCAAAUGCAACUGCAUAAACCGAAUAUCUAUGCUUGCAUGUGAUGCCUACAAGCGGUUUUAAAUGCUUGUCUUACAAGGACAGCAACAUCAUCAACAUCGGGGCAUUAAAAGUAACAACAAAAGUAUCAGCAUCAGUAGUUGCAGUUUGAUUUACUUUCGCAUGAUUUGAUGACAACAAAGGCCAUUUGUUAGAACAGAAUAAAAGCAAUUACCUCAAAUACAAAUAAAAGUUUUAGAAACACGAGUCACUCAAAGACUAAAACUUACAGCUAAACUUCAAAAGAUAUAUUUCCAUUUAUACUUUGCUCUUAAAGUCAUACGACACAAUCGAAAAAAUAAAAACAUUUGUUUAAGAAAAGUGCUAUUCUUUACUGUAAUGCUCCGCGAACAUUAGGAAGUGAACGGCUGGUUGGUUGAAUGAAAUGAGCGGUUGGUGAUAUGAGAUGGCAGCGAAGCGGUGAGAGACCCUCUCAGCUAGGGUCGACAAAGCAAGCAAGAGCGUUGGGUACAAAUUUUAAAACAACCAUAACUGGUGUAGAUUGUAACAUAGAAAAGCUGACAUAUCAAGACAACAAUAUGGAACAGUACAAUAAAAAUAUUGUUAAUGAUAUGGCCUUGGGUAGUAAUAUGAGCACCGAACAGCAAGUAAAUAAUCCAGCCGCGCUAGCCAUCACGAGGAGCACGGAAUCCAACGUUUCCCAUCAUACGAACACAACACAUGCAGCACAACAUAUGCCAAAGGCACCACUUAUACAAGCAAUAGAUAUGAAUACAUCAACUGCAACAUCUAGUCGCCUUCAAGGACUAAAUAAUAGUAGUCCUACACAUAGCGCGUUAAAUAGUAGAAAACAACAAAGAAACCUUCAUCAACAGCCUCCACGACAACAACAGAAUUUAGAUUCCAAUAACACUAACAAUAACAGCAGUAAAAGUAAAACAACACUGAUACCUGUAUUUCCUAUGAAAUCCUUAAUGGCAUUAACAUCUGCAUCUGGUGGAAAUGAUAGUUCUGGUGGCUGCAGUCUUGCUGGGAAAACUCCUCUAUCUUUGUUAAAUUUAUUUUUCUACGUGAUGUGCGUUACUUCAUUGGCGUUUUCACUGUAUUGCAAUGUAAGACAAACUCGACAAAGCGAACACAAUUUAAGGCAUUUACAUUUGCUGGACGAACGCAUCACCGAUAUCGAAUUGCAGUUGCAACAACAUACGCAGCAACUUCGACAAGCGUCUGAGUUUGAUGAUCCCGAAGAUAACGACGAUGAAGACGAUGACGAUGUUGCUGCAAAUGUCGAUGAUGGCGGUCGUAAUGAUUUGGUCGACGUCGCGGACAAUGAUCGCAAAAAUUUGCAUAUUUUACAUUUGGAAAAUGCCAAAGAUGUAACACAAGCUGUUCGUUUACUCACACGCCAAGUGACGGAAUUGCAUCGUCUGAGACGUGACGUAUCCCAAUUGCAAUUAACUAGACGCCAACAAAGACGUCAGACACUGGGAGCUGCGGCAUCAAAUGAACAUUUAGCCCCAACAGUUUCUCUACAGGAAUGUGCUUGUCAGCCAGGUCCCCCCGGUCCACCGGGGCCACCAGGCAAACGGGGGAAACGCGGCAAAAAAGGAGACCCCGGCGAAAAAGGAGAUCCGGGUAUUAAUGGUUUAGAUGGUGAGAAUGGCGCUCCUGGGCGACCGGGCGAAAAGGGUUCGAAAGGUGAUGUUGGUCAUCCUGGCAUUGAUGUUUUUCAAACCGUUAAGGGUUUAAAGAGAUCUGUGACUACUUUACACGGCGGCACUUUAGGUUAUGCAGAAAUUGUGGCUGUCAAGGGAGAACCCGGCGAACCGGGUCCACCAGGCCCGCCGGGACCACCUGGAGAUAUGGGUGCACCUGGCAUGAAUGGGGAACAAGGGCCGCCAGGCGAAACAGGACCUCCUGGCCCUGCAGGACCGCCAGGAGAGCCCGGGCCAGUAGGAGCUCCAGGUCCUACAGGUCCUUUUGGCAUUAAAGGUGACAAAGGUGAUCGUGGUGAUCGUGGUCUUACCACAACAAUCAAAGGCGACGAAUUUCCUACUGGCAUUAUUGAAGGUCCGCCGGGUCCUGCCGGACCACCAGGACCGCCCGGUGAGCCAGGAGGAAAAGGCGAAACAGGUCCUGCUGGGCCGCCGGGACCACCGGGGGAGAAGGGCCCCCGUGGCAAACGAGGUAAACGGAUUUACGGUCCUGGUGGUGUAAAAGAUGAAGACUACGACGAUCCUCCAGUUACUCUGUUAAGAGGGCCUCCUGGACCACCUGGUAUGCCAGGGAAAGAUGGUCGCGAUGGACGCGAUGGGUUGAAAGGUGAGCCUGGCGAACCGGGUGAACCAGGCUCUUUAGGACCACGCGGCUUAGAUGGCCUACCGGGAGAGCCGGGUAUCGAGGGACCUCCCGGGUUACCCGGCUAUCAAGGACCACCCGGAGAGAAAGGUGAUCGUGGCGAUAUCGGUCCGCCCGGUUUGAUGGGCCCGCCCGGUCUACCCGGACCGCCUGGUUAUCCUGGUGCCAAAGGUGAUAAAGGUGAUCGCGGAGAUUCAAAGUACAGAAAAAUGCGUAGACGACAAGAUGACGGUAUGGCCGACGCUCCACAUAUGCCCACUAUUGAAUAUCUUUACGGACCGCCUGGACCUCCUGGACCAAUGGGACCACCUGGACAUCCUGGCACGCCGGGAGAAAGAGGUUUGGACGGUCGCAAAGGUGAUCCAGGCGAAAAAGGACAGAAAGGCGACCAAGGGCCCAUGGGUUUACCGGGUCCUAUGGGCAUGCGUGGAGACUCCGGGCCAGCAGGACCAGCAGGCAAAGCUGGCUUACCUGUGUGGGGCUACUAAUCCUAAAAAUAAAUUGAACCUAAAACACUAAACUGAAUUUUAAUCGCUACACAAACACAUAAAUACAAAAUGUAAAAAUCCUUAAUAACAUGUACACAUGCAGAAAGGAGAGGAGGAAAAUGUAAAACAUUAAAAAAAAACCGCAAAAGCUAUCAAAAUUCUACGGAAAAAAUUCCCCUAACUGACAACAACAACGUGUAUGUGCAAUUGUAUAUGCGAAAUGAGAUACAAGCUGAACUUGUUUCUCACAAUGUAUCCCCGACCGUUUGAUAUCAUUCUAAAAAAGAAUAUGGUUUAAAAAAAUAACUGCUGUAAUUAUUUUAUUUUAACAAAAAAAAACAAAAAAAAAAAAAUUAAUUUUAAACUUUCUGAAAACAAAUGUGGACAUUUUGCUGACAUUUCCAGGCAAAAUGCAUGCGAGCACCAGCCAAGUAAAAGAGGGGGAAAAACUAAUAUACAAAAUAUUCACUUAAAUAAACCGUUCUAUGUAGAUGUUCUGAAAGAAAAGGAAUAGUGAGAGGAGACUUCAUCGCCGAUAGAGACCUACUUUAUAUACGAGCUAUAAAACAGAAUAUUUUCAACGAUUGACAAUAUCGCCAACCUACCGCCUAACUUUCAUUCCAUCGACUUGCGUUGGGGCAAGUUGAGUCUACUUUUAAGUUCAAACUGCGCCAAAUAAUUAACAAAACAAUAGAAAUCAAUAGAAAAUUAAUUCAAAUAUUUUUGCUUUUAAGGCAUACGUGGUUAAGAAGCACGUGCAGCUAAUUAAACACAAUUUUGUAAAGAAAUUCCAACGAGUUCGGCAGCAAUAUAUUCACGAAGUCAGAUUGCAGUUAGCUUCCAAAUAGAAAUGGAACAAAUUGAAAUAGCCCAGCACGUGCACGUGUACGAGUGCCGACUUUCUCGCAAACACAUUUGCCUCUUAAAUCGGGGAACACUUUGUUACACUUGGCAGGUCAGCGGUCACCGCCUGUAAUAUUUCUUUCCAUUAGUGUUUGCAAAAAUUUUUAAAUCGUAGACUUAGUCUUGCUGCUGCACUCAUAAGAGGAUAAGCCUGCGCGAAAUUCACCAAAAAUUCUUGCACGAAUUUUGGCGAACCAGACACAACAAAUUUUGGCCGGUAAGGAGCUAAGCAAACGAUAGAAAAAUGGUAAUCAUCGUCUUCCGCGUGCCAUUUUCAAUAAAAGUUUUGGAUAAUUUAUAAAUAUUGUUGAAAAGAAAAAAAGAGCAAAAGAGAGGAAGCAAAACCGCUGUUUAAAAAAAUUGCGCACGGUAGUGUGUUCUGAAAAUUUGAUCGAGAUCAAUUAUUGCUGGCCUUCAUUUGCUAAGUCGCACUGAUUCCAUUCGAAACGUUUAACAAAAAGCUAAUGGUUUUACGAACGUCUUCUUUUAAAAGACUACUAAACGAAAUGAAAAGCAAACAAGAAUAAAAGGUAUUGAAAUCGAAGUAGUAUACGUGCAUUUAACGUAACGUAAGACAAUAAUAACAUGAACAUAGAAUUGCUGCCGAAUUGUUUCGAACAAAACAAAUUUCUAGAAUGCUUUUUAUUAUAGAUUCGUUCAUCUGAUGUAUUAUUUUGGCAUAUGAAAGCCUUCCUUAGCACAAACGCAAAACACAUGUAAUCCUUAAAAAAAUCUUCAAUGUUUUACGAAAUUUAAUUAAGACGACACUUCUCACAAGUGACUCCAAUUACUUUUAGACGUUCCUUUUACAAUGCGAACUUUCGCUUUUACUUAGAUAAGAGCGUCAUCUGCAGUGGACGCGCUAAUGAGCACUCUCAGUGUCAGGCGGACACAUCAUAAAGAGGCAUGAUUGAAACUGGUUAGAAUGUUAGACGAAUGUGAAUGUGUCGAAUAUGUAAAAACUGGUGAAUAGCACAACCUCCCUGAUGUAAAAUCUUCUUUCAAUUUAGAACAAAAAUUACAGCCAUAUUCUGAUAUUAUGGUCAUUACUGAUUAGACAGAAAACGACUACUACCUGGAGUUAUAGUCCCACUAAAUCUAUUCACUAUCAGAUUUUUUGUAAAACUGAAAACGUUUCUGCGAAAUUUAUUCGGAAUACGUCUGCACAUUGAAAAUUUUUACUUCGCAAAAACAAAAAAAAAAAAAGAAACAACGGACAGUGAAAAGAGCUCGUAAAAGAUUGCUUCUUGCAAACGGUUACACUUGCAUUUGUUUUCUUUCGUUUCGAACCACUUUCGAGUCCAUCGCAACGCUUGAAUCAAUCCGGCAUUAAGGGUUCCUAACUGCUUUACUCGAUAUGCAAAGAGAGCAGCGCAAGGAAUGCUUAUUCCUAUUGAAAAUACAUUUGCUUAACGGAAUAACGCAUUUUGCUUCACAAAUAGUGUAAUAUAUUUAGUUAACCCUUCAAUUUUCAUCCAAUGCUAGGUAAAAUAUAACUCGAGAAGAAAAUAUUAGAGGAGGCAUUUAAAAAGAUAUAUCUUUAGGUACCGUCCAUGGGCUUUGACUCAAUAAAAAAAAAUGUAUUAGAAAGAAAUUAAUAAAUAAGAAAAUGCAAAUAAAUAAUCAGCAAAAGCUUAACAAAAGGGAAAAAUGAAAUAAAUAAAAAUAUAAUAAAAAGCGAAACGGAGACAGAUUCUCUCUAACUUUAAUGGAAUAUAAUAUGAAAGCAAGUGUGCUUUUUAAACCUCAUCAACAGUAAAAUGAAGUAAAAUUAUACAAUAAAUUAAUAAUGAAAUUUAUAAAAAAAAUCUUCCAAAUGAUUAGUUAGGCAUUUUUAGUAAUAGUUACAUAAAACUAAAGUUAUUUACCUAUAUAUAAAGAUAUUAUAAUAAAUUUUAUUUAAAGACCCUUUGAAUAUAAUUAAAAUCUAUGAAAUAUAAAUAAU